GCAGUGGACACAGUCAUGCUGUACUCGUUGUUCUUGGUGCCAUCGCUGCUCCUGCUAGUGAUGCCUGGCCCUAGCCGAGGCUGGUCGAGGCCCCUCUGGUACCAAGUAGGGUUGGACUUGCAGCCCUGGGGCUGUCAGCCAAACAACCUGGAUAACUGCAGGAACAGUCUGGGCUGCCCUGGCUACUGGAUGGGCCUGGGAGGAAGUCGCAUCUACCCCGUGGCUGGGGUCACAAUUACUACUACCAUGAUGCUGGUUAUCUCACGCGUGAUGUUGCACCGGUGGCGAGCUAAGGUGGCUAAGGGUCAGCUCCCACAGGUGACCACCAAUUCCUGCAAACACUGGAAACGACAGCCCACGGUCUCAGACCGCACCCUGGUCCUCAGGGUCCUUCACAUGCUGGAUGCCAUCCUGCUCCACAUUGAGGGCCACCUGCAGCGGCUGGCUUCCCAACAACAAAUUCAAAUAAAAGGGUCUCCCCCCGCGUCUGGGUGACCCAAUAUAUGCU